CGACUCCCUGGGCAACACUAUCCUAAAUGUUCAAACCUCUGUUCGCAGAGAACCCCUGUUUCCCACAAAGUGAUAGAAAAGCGGAGGAGGGACCGGAUAAACCGCUGCUUGAACGAGCUGGGCAAGACGGUACCCAUGGCCCUGGCGAAGCAGAGUUCCGGUAAGCUGGAGAAGGCGGAGAUCCUCGAGAUGACCGUUCAGUACCUGAGGGCCCUGCACUCCGCUGAUUUUCCCCGGGGAAGAGAAAAAGCAGAACUGCUAGCAGAGUUUGCCAACUACUUCCACUACGGCUACCACGAGUGCAUGAAGAACCUGGUGCAUUAUCUCACCACCGUGGAAAGGAUGGAGACCAAGGACACCAAGUACGCGCGCAUCCUCGCCUUCCUGCAGUCCAAGGCCCGCUUGGGCGCCGAGCCCGCCUUCCAGCCGCUGGGUUCGCUCCCGGAGCCGGAUUUCUCCUAUCAGCUGCACCCAGCGGGGGCCGAGCUCACGGGCCACAGCCCCGGGGAGGCCUCCGUUUUCCCGCAGGGCAACGCCCCCGGGCCCUUUCCCUGGCCGCACGGCGCGGCCCGCAGCCCGGCGCUGCCCUACCUGCCCGGCGCGCCGGUGGCGCUCCCGGGCCCCGCGCAGCAGCACAGCCCCUUCCUGACGCCGGUGCAGGGGCUGGACCGGCACUACCUCAACCUGAUCGGCCACGCCCACCCCAACGCCCUCAACCUGCACCCGCCCCAGCACCCCCCGGUGCUCUGACGCCGCCUCGCCCGCCAGGGUUCUCCGCGCGCGCCCGGCGCCACGUAGGAAAAACACCGUACGUUGUACAGAUGUAAAUAGUGUGCCGACAAAAAAGCUGGGUGGGGGAAGGUCAAGAGCAAAUUAGUCUCCUGAAGGAU